AUGUCAUUCCUCGUCACUUCCGUCGAGGCUAUCAGCUUCAAUAAUCCGAAUGUUCCAGCUCUAGAACCGUGCGCGUCCUUCCAGUUCAGUUGGACAGGAGGAGAGCCGGAGUUUGACCUCGAGAUCAUCGACGUCAACAGCAACGCAGUAAUUGAGGAUUUCCCUGGAAUCACCGACACUUCGUUCACCUGGGUCGCCGAUAGUCUCGUGACACAAAAAGUGGAGCAUCCUAUCUACAAGUCCCGAGAGCUCGUCGUCCCCCCCGGCCUCCCCAACUUUGGCCCUUCCUUCCUCUCCCUCUCCGUCGGCACCAGAACCGUCUUUAACAUCAAGAUCAAUUCCUGA